CAUUUCCUGCAACAUGGUGGUCAAGGCGAAGAGACGAGCGAGCCUCCCAAAAAUAUACAUGCCGAACACCAGCAAACAACUUCUCCCUCGCCUCUGACGGGUGAAGGCGGCGGCUGGAGUCCGAAGCGACGACCUGGAGCCGACUGAAGCACACCGCGCCGGCAGCUUGGUUUGAUGAGAGGAGCGAGGGAAAGAGGGAUAAAAAAGUGCCGCAGAUUUCAGUUCCGAUUGUCUACGUUUUAUGUUUUGUAUAAAAAAAAUAAUUAUUUCUUGAGAUAAGAUGACUGAAAAGCAAAUCAAAGACAAUUUAGACCAGGGACAAUUAGCUGUGAAGGUAAAGAUUGAGAAAGUGUUGCCUGAAGAAGAAGCAAAGUAUGGGCAGUGCAUUGCAAAAGAAUAUACCCAGGCAUAUCCUACAGAAAUGGAACUGGAAUUGGGGAAAGUCAAAGGUGAAGAAGUGAUGAUGAAUGAAUCCCCUGAGCAAUUUGACUACUGGUUUUGUGAGACCUGCCAAGAAUACUUCAUGGAUGAAUGUGCUCUUCAUGGAUAUCCAGUAUUUAUUGCUGAUACACCUAUACCUGUAGGUACGCCGGACAGGGCAGCUCUUUCGGUUCCUGCUGGAGUAGCAGUUGUGAAGGAGCCUGGAGGGGAGAUUGACGUCCGUUGUUUAGAUUCCAUCAUUUCAAGAGGAAGGAUAUUUGGACCAUAUGAAGGAGAAGUGUGUCAAACUGAUAAAUCCUCAGGGUUUUUCUCAUGGCUGAUACUUGGCAAGAAUAACACUUAUAAGUCUAUUGAUGGCACAGAUGAGACCAAAGCCAACUGGAUGAGGUAUGUAGUAAUAUCAAGAGAAGAGAAUGAACAGAAUCUCAUGGCAUUCCAGUACAAGGAGAAGAUUUACUUCCGUGUAUGUAGGGAUAUUCACCCUGGAGAGAGGCUGAGAGUCUGGUAUAGUGAAGACUAUAUGAAACGUCUCCAUGCAACGACACAGGACACCAUAGAAAGAAACCUCCCAGCUGCGGAAGCGAAGUGCAAGAAGGCUAACCUAGGAAGACAUUCCAUUGAAAAAUCCACUGGAAAUCCAGGGACCUCCAGAAAACCAGAGCUUCUAAAUAAGGAUGACCUUGAAAGACUUGAAAGUACCAAUCCCAACAAAGGUGGAAAACGUAGCAACAAAGAUGGAGACUGUAGCCCAAGCCCUAAGAAAAAGAAGCUGGAACAAUUCUUCAAAAGCAGCCAUGACUUGCCUGUUGAUUCUUCAAGAGAAAAGCUUGGUUGUCCCACUUCUGGUCUGGGUCCAUAUGAGUAUGUAUGUUCUAUGAAGCAAGCUAGCAAUCUUCAUAUAACUACCUCAUCUCCUGUACCUCAAAGGCCUCAAUUUGUAGGCCGCAGUGGACAGGAACAUGAAAUCAAUAAAUUGAAUGCAGCACAAACAAAAUAUCCAUCACCAAUGGACAAUCGAAUUCCCACUCGACAAAGGCUCAGGCAUCAAGAGGGAGACACAUUUGACCGUCCAGGAACUUCCUCACAGCAAAGUACUCUAUCUCAAUCAUGCACCAGAAGUGAGAUAGACUUAAGGUCCCAACAAAAGGUUAAUGAAAAACAUUUAAGUUCUGGCUUUCUCCAAGCAAUGGACUCUGGGUUUCUUCAAAAUACUGAAGAAAACACUUUAACACCAGAAACUUCAGGUGGACGACAUGGGGCUGUGGCUAAGGAAGGUCUUCCAAAAAGCCAGCCCACAUCGUACUGUCCGAAUUGUGUAAUACUACAAGAAAAAAUUCGACAGCUCCAGGAGGAACUAGAUCGACUGAAGUCUAACUUGCCAGUUCCAUCUAUGGCUACAUUUGCCUUUCUGGAAAAUCUUGUCCAGUACUACAGAUUCCAUCUCGUGCAAUCUGAAGUUGAAGAAGGAAGCACCCUGAUACCUGUGCAGCCGGAACAACAACAGCAACCUGUGAAGGAUAAGGUUCAACACCACUACCCUCAGCAUCCACCAGUGCUGUUACAUCCCCCACAACAGUAUGAAAAUCAACAUCCAGAAGAAAAAAUAGCAGUGAUUGAGCACGGUCCAGUACCUAAACAGACGCAACAAAAGUGUUCAGAGCAAGAACUCAAGGUUGAACAGUGUGAUGAAAUUCUAGAACAACAGUUUUACCCAGAGCGAUCAAAACAUUACCAGCAGAAAAACCUCAAAGAACAACUCAGUGAGGUGCCAGAAAAUAACAGCCAAUGCCAACAACAUUUAAUGGUGGAGCACCAUCCAUUAGAUCCAAAUCAAUUGUCUCAUCUCCAGCAACAAUCACCACAACAGUUAUCACAUCUCCAGCAGCAGUCUCCUCAUCAAUUGCCACAUCUCCAUCAACCGUCAUCACAACAAUUGCCACAUCUCCAACAACAGUUGCCACAAUAUUUGCCACAUCUCCAGCAACAGUCACCACAACAGUUGCCACAUCUCCAGCAACAGACGCCACAACAGUUGCCACAUCUCCAACAACAGACGCCACAACAGUUGCCACAUCUCCAGCAACAGACGCCACAACAGUUGCCACAUCUCCAGCAACAGACGCCACAACAGUUGCCACAUAUCCAGCAACAGACGCCACAACAGUUGCCACAUCUCCAGCAACAGACGCCACAACAGUUGCCACAUGUCCAGCAACAAUCACCUCACCAAGUAUCACAGACACAGCAGUCAUCCCCACAUCCACUGCCACAAUCGCAGCAACAACAACCUGACCAGAAGAAAUUUUUAUGGCAGCAAGAAAAUCUACAGCCAAUGCCACAGCCACUGCCACCAUCGCGGCCACAACACCAGCUUCCACAUUACCAAUGUCCUUCCCUGCAGGAACCAUCACGUCUUCAACAUAGGUUGCAGCCUUCAACUUUCAAAGAUAUAUGUCGUAAUCUGAAAGCAGUAGCUGCUCGUAAACGUAUGCGACAGAAUCAACCAUCGGAAGGUGUACAGCCUGGCUCUGGGAUUUCAGUCAGCUGCCUUAAUUUAAAUUUCAUAAGUCCUGCUGAGAGGAGUGACCCAAGCAAACUUACAAGAGCUCUGCUGGAAUACUUCUACACUGAGCAACAUCUGGCCUCACAUUGUGCUCGAGGAAAAGGCAAAAACAGUGGGUUCAACAUGUCCAGACCAGCUCUUGAUCCAGAUGUUGUGGAUGCAAUCAAAGCAUAUGUUCAGCUGAAGUUUGCAUACGUGACGGACAAGGCAUUUUAUGCCAUGGUAAACAGCAAGUGCAGUGACAGCAGAAAAAAGAUUCGUUACAUUUUGGGAGUCCGGGACAAAUCUGAAGAUACUCCCAAAUAGCAGCA